AACAGUAAUACACAGAAAUGCAUAAAUGGUUGUCUUUCGUACCAUCCACUCGGACUGUGCGACAAAUACCACAAGUUAACUGUGGACGAACGGUGGCAAUUAGUCAAGAAAAACAAACGCUGUCGAAAAUGUCUUGAACCUCAUCAUACAGACAAUUGCAUUUUACCUGAUAYAUCUGCCUGUCUUAAAUGCGAUAAAAGACACAACACCACGUUGCAUAACGAAAGGAGUCAACUGAACCCUCAUGCCUUACCGUUUGCUACAAACAACAGUAUCGCWGAAGAAAGUACAGCAAAUAAAGUCAUUGGAAUAUGUCCUGUACAACAAGUAAAACUUGAAGAUAAAGAUGGAAAUCUGAUCAAUGCACUAGCUAUGAUUGAUAGUGGUUCUAACUACACCUUCCUCUCUAAAGAUACAGCAAGAAAACUAGGUCUCCAAGGUACGCGCAGCAGACUAACGAUGAACCUCGCAGGGGGAAAGAAGAAGACAGAAGAAUCCGAGCUAGUCGAAGUCAAUAUCGUACCGUCAACAGACUUAAAUGUCAAGAAAACUUUCAACGCUUUCACGAUCCAACGGACCUGUAGUCCAGCAAAGACUGUUUCUAGAAAGUCAGUGGAAAGCUUCUCUCAUCUGAAAGACAUUUCUAAAGAAGUAUAUUUAUCUGGUGGAAAGAUAGACGUUCUUAUCGGAACCAACUUUUCAGACGCCUUUGUAGAUGCCCAUGUAAUUACUGGAAAGUCAGGGGAACCAAUUGCAAAGAAGAAUAUCUUUGGAUGGUAUAUCGUAGGACAAUUUGAAACAGAGUCAUCGAAUUGCCCGCAAAUCAACUUCGUUGAUGUUGACACGAUCGACACCCUUCAAGACGUGAAGAAUCUAUUCACUCAAGAUAUGCUUGGAGUUAAACCGACAGAGAUGUGUGUCUGUACUGAUAAUGUUCUAGAAGAAAACAAGUUUGUCAAAUCACUAGAACAAUCAACCAAGAUUGUCGAUGGACGAGUACAAGUGAAAAURCCGUGGAAAGAUGCUGGACCACCUAAAUCAAGUAAUUAUGAUUUAGCCUUGAAACGAAUGUACUCAGCCGAGAGAGAUUUUAAAAGAAAAGAUUGUCUACCUGUCAUCGAAGCGGAAGUUCAAAAGCUAAUCGACCAAGAGUUCGUAAUCGAAGUGCCAAAACAUGAGAUUGACCACACUAAAAGAGAAUGGUAUCUUCCCUUACAAGCAGUCUUUACUCCAGAAAGAACAACCAAAGUAAGAUUGGUAUUCGAUGCAUCAGCUAAAGGCAGAGAAGGAUUAUCUUUAAACGAUCAUCUAGAGAAAGGUCCGAAUUAUCUUAACAGCCUACCAAACGUUCUAAUGGCAUGGCGAUGGGAUGAAAACGCAUAUUGUGGAGAUAUCAGAAAGAUGUUCAACCAAAUUCUAAUCCAUCCCGAUGACCAAGUAUAUCACCGAUUUCUCUGGCGAAAAGAUGUCAAAGAUGAGCCAACCGUGUACCAAUGGAUACGACUGAACUUCGGUGAUAAACCUGCGCCCGAUAUCGCAACUAACUCAAUUCAAGUCUUAGCAAAUAUUUCCAAAGAAGAAUUUCCAGAAUCUGCAGAAGAAUUAAGCAAGCACUCUUAUAUGGAUGAUAUUGGGGGAUCCAAAGAGA